AUGCCCAAAAGAUCCGCCCCGAAAUCAGCAGCAUCCCCACCCAAGAAAGCACGUCGAUCUAUGCAGCCCGAGGAUUUGGAAACAAUGGUACCGGAGCCCUAUAGGAAGUGGCCCGCCGACCAAGUGCCAGUUGAGAUUUUCCAACUCAUCUGCGACUUCCUCCCCCGCGCCUCGGUGCAAUGCAUGCGCCUGGUAUGCCGCGAGUUCGAUCGCAUGGUCUCGGCUCACUACUUUCGGAACGUCGUCGCACCCUUCCGGGCCGCCCUCUACGGAUCCCCCGAUAACCACAGCGGCGCCCUGGCUGUUGGUAGUGCCGGCGGGGAGGAGCUUCGUACCGUCUUCCACGUAUUCGGCGAACACAUACGGGCCUUCGCCCUGGCGCUCGAGCUCAACGAAGUAGAUUUGGCUUUUCCACCAGAGAAGCUCACGCAGCAGGUCGUCAAGACGCCCUGGGGUCUAUACCGGUGGCCGCUCAGAGAGUACCAAAGAUACAGCGACCUGGAGGCUAUAGAGGACCAGGCCGAUGAGACGGCGCUGCUCACCAGCUCAUUCAGAAAGCUCGGCCAGCUGAGUGAGCUCGGUCUGUCUUGCGAUGCUGGUCUUGGUUAUCUCCAGGGCCCUGACCUCAACAAAUAUGCGCCGCGGACUCUGCCCCGCGUUUUCAAGAGCGCCCGGUACAAGCCCGAGGCUCUCACCAGUCACUCAAUGGAUGGCCCCGUCGAGAGCGGUAGAGCCCGUCGGUAUGAUCAACUUCAACGAAUGAUGGUCAAUGCCGGCUAUUCGGCCGAGGAGAUCCCCGGGGCCAUUGAUUAUCUCAAAACUUGCGAAGGUCGAGCGUCGCCCCGAAAGUACACAGAGGACGAGGUUAUGAUGCCGAUAGUCGACUCUUCUGAGGCGGGAUUCGAAAACGCACAUGUUGCUCCUUCUGAUGUGCCACCCAGGCCCGAGGCUCUCUUGUUGGAUGAUGGCACAGAUGACGAGCCGCUACCUGAGGUCGACACCAACGACGGCCCGGUUCAAAAUCCUGUCCCAACAUGGUUCGACGUGAACCGCUGGGCGACCAAAGCGACCAAGCAAGUCAAGAGCAAUCCUUUGGAGCCGCAAGACCUGACAGCCGCGCAGAGAGAGAUGCUGUUGGAGAUGUCUUGGGCCCACGAUGCUCUGGUACAGUCGUUUGUCAUAUCAGUCACUGACAACUACGACGCGUUCAGGAACGUCAUGAGCUUCAACAUUGCCCGCAUCCCUGCUCAUCUUGUCCACACACUCGCUCGUCCCACCUUCUGGGAUAGCCUCCCCAAUGUUUGGGAGUUCUCCCUCGGCGUAAUCCCAGAUUGGCGCGAGGUUCACAAGCGCAAUGGGGUGAUUGAAGACCUGCCUCUUUCACCUCUGGACGCCACCGGCCCGACCUACCAUUUAUUGCAGGCGAUCGCAUCGCGGAAGAAUAUCAAGAAGCUUCAUUUCGAGUGGAUCUGCGGCGGCGAGCUGGGCAUCGGGGCUGGUCAGCGAAAUCGUUAUGUCCUGCCAGCACCCUUUGUUCCUGACCCGAGACAGAUGGUCAAGUGGGACGUGUUGAUGAACGACACCACAUCUCACAGGGUUCUCCAGCUGCCUUACAUCACCGAGAUGUCUCUGAAGAACUGCUGGUUCAGCCCCCACGUAUUCCUUCAUACUGUGCAGUCCAUGUCGGCGUCCUUGUUGACGACGCUAAAGCUAAAUACGGUCUCAAUCACUGGCCCCGUUCAGCGAACAGUCAGCGUCAGCUAUCUACCUCACAAUGGCGGCGCUGACAGGAUCCCGAACUCGUGGCCAUGGCCUUUGUGUAUGGGCGCCGCCCCUGGACGGCCUUACACCUUCCAGGAAAACGUCGCUCAGGUACCAAACCCCGUGCAGCCGCCGGCUCAGUGGGCAAACGCUGCACCGACGCCCAAUAUUGCCCAGACCAUAGCAAACACUUCUCCACCGGGUAGCCAAGUCUGGCAAGGUCCCUUGCGGGAUCAUUGGGUGCCUGUUCCAGAAUUCUUGUCGUGGGCCCAUAUUAUCAACGAGAUCACGCCGGGUCGGACUCUGCGCGAGAAGUACCAUGACCUUGCUAGCGAACCAUAUGAUCAGAGCGAAAAGCCCUUCCAAGAACUUCAGGUUGGUUUGAAGAGGCUCGGAAAGAAUCUGGAACGCACAAGCAAACGUCGUCUCCACACAAUCGACUUCAAGUCUUGUGGCUACAUCCUUGUUGACGCUGAACAUAUUAACAACCACGCUAUAAUACCCUCAGGGCCGCGGAACGUCGCCAUGUCGCCUUCGAUGAUUGAGAAGUUGCGCUGCCUCGACGGUUACAUGCUCAAGUCCACUGCUACAUUACUCGGCAAGAUUAUGGACAAUUUCAAUGAGGGUGAGCAAAACAUAUUGAGACACGCCUUCAGCAUGACAUUUGGUUGGACCGGUGUGUAUGAACCCGAGGUGGAGCACGCAGCGCACGAGGAUGGCUUUCUGGAACAAGGCCAUGGUCGCUUCUCGGGCGGCUGGGAAAAAGCACCCUCGACGGUGACACCACGCCCGGAUGUGCAGCCCAGUUCGAGUCUGCACCGGGGUCAACAUAGCCUCCCUGGGCCCCACCCCUACGAUUUUGAUAUCAAACUGGAGCCUGCCACCUUUUAUGAUAAUGUUGUCAGGGACUCCAGUAGGCUUUGCGAUUUCAUCAAGAAUCAUCUUAAUAUUUGCGAUGACGAAGUCGACCUCAUCGAGACGGACGAGGAGUCCGAUGAAACACUGACAAGCUAUGAUGAUGAAUUCGAUCCCAAGAUUCCUUGGUACUGGGGCAACAGGCUUGCCAGGCUUGUGAAGGAGCAAAGGCUCAUUGCCAACUUGUCCGACUUCGUGCUGGGUAAGGCAGAGCCCCGUCUACUGGAGCAUGCAGCCUGUCGCUCCGGCGAUCCAACGAGUACAGAUGGAUGA